ACCCGCCAUCUUGUCGCCAGCGCUGCGGCCGGCGGGGCGAGCCCGGGGCGGCGCGGGCGGGGCGGGCCCGCGCUCCGGGCGGCGGCGGCGGCGGCAGCGGCCGGGCCCGCGCCAUGAGCAUCGAGACGCUGCUGGAGGCGGCGCGGUUCCUGGAGUGGCAGGCGCAGCAGCAGCAGACCGCACGUGAGGAGAAUGAGAAGCAUGAGAAGCUCUGCCUGGAGAGGGAGCAGGAGCAGAAGAAGGCGGGCAAGGCCAGCGUGCCACGGGCCAACAGCACCCUUUCCCCAGAGGAGCCCCGUAGCGAACUGCUGGUGCCCAUCUCCCCGCCGGGCCCAGUGCCGCUGCCGCCGCCGCCCCUGGCAGCUCCCAUUUCAGUCAUUCCCAUCCCUGUUGUCACCAGUUCCCCCCAGCAAGCCGCCCAGACCGCCCUGUCAUCGCCGCCGCUCGUGCAGCGCCACCAGCCCCUGGUGAGCACUCCCAGCGUGCCCAAGGAGGCGCCGUCGGUGGCGCCGGUGAUCCAGCGGCCGCCGGGCCCGCACCUGCCGGAUGGGAAAGCCGCGACCCCGCCGUCGGGCAGCCCCAAGCAGCUGCAGCACUACGCGGCGCCGGUGCUGGCCAUCUCCCAGCACCAUGUGGUGCCGCAGCCCAUCCAGCCCCUGCAGCACCCGGCCGCGCCCGCGCCGCUCGGCGCGCUGAAGCUGGCGCCGGCGGACGACAUGAAACCCAUCGAGCUCAAGAAGAGAAUUGGAGGGGUUGGGACCAGGGAAGUACAUAAUAAAUUGGAGAAGAACAGACGUGCACAUUUGAAAGAAUGCUUUGAGACAUUAAAGCGCAACAUCCCCAACGUAGAUGACAAGAAGACCUCAAACCUCAGCGUCCUCAGGAGUGCCUUGCGAUACAUCCAGACUUUAAAGAGGAAGGAGAAAGAAUAUGAACACGAGAUGGAGCGGUUGGCGAGAGAAAAGAUCGCGACCCAGCAGCGGCUGGCAGAACUGAAGAACGAGUUGAGCCAGUGGAUGGAUGUCUUGGAGAUUGACAGAAUUAUUCGACAGACAGUUCAGCCAGAGGAUGACCAGGCAUCUACCUCGACAGCAUCAGAGGGUGAAGACAACAUGGAUGAAGAUAUGGAAGACGACAGGCCAAUGAACUCAUUACCAAAACUCACCCAGCGCCAGCACCCAGAGCUGCUGAAAGCCGUCCCCCCCAGUGCUGCUGCCCCCCUCCCCACGGUCCUGCCCCCACACGUGUCCAUCCAGCAGAAGCCCCACGCCCAGCCCUCCCUGCAGACACAAGCACUGGUCCCGCCGCAGGCGAUCGUCCCUGCACAGACUCACAUCGUGGCGGCCUCGACCGUGCAAUCGACUGUUAUCGCCCACACGGCCACCACCCACGCCUCGGUCAUCCAGACUGUCAACCACGUCAUCCAGGGUCCGCAGACCAAGCACAUCGCUCACAUUGCACCUUCCACAUCCAGCCCCGUGCAACUCACCACUGCUGCUCAGCCCAUCGGCCACAUCACUGUGCACCCAGCCACCAUCAACCACAUGGCCCACCUGGGCCCGCAGCUGCCCAUCUACCCCCAGCCCGUGGCCGUCAGCCAGCCCGUGGUGAGCCACAUCGCCCACACCAUCUCGCACCAGCAAGUGAACGGCACCGCCGGCCUGGGCGCGCCGGCCGUGAUGGCCAAGCCGGCGGUGGGGGCGCAGGUCGUGCAUCACCCGCAGCUGGUGGGGCAGACGGUGCUGAACCCGGUGACUAUGGUGACCAUGCCGUCGUUCCCGGUGAGCACGCUGAAGCUGGCCUAGACGGGACGGCCCGGCAGUGAGGUCUUUGUUGGGAACCUUUCCUAAGGAAACUCCAUACAUUCCAACCGCGUCCGGCUCGGCGGAGGAGGCGCAGGAGCAGCAGUGGGGCAGGGCCGGGCCGUCCCGGCUGCCCGGUGCCCUGCCCGGUGCCCUGCCCGCCGCCGGGACGGGGCCGCUCCGCGCUCGGAGCUGCUCCAGUGAGAAACUUCAAGGACAGUUGUUCAUGGUGAUUUUUUUUCCUUUUAUGUGUAAUGAGUGAACUAUGGAUAUGAUGUUCUUCAGACUUUAAUUUUGCCCUCUUAUGUGUUGCUUCUUUGUAGAAUAAAAAUUGCCGAUCUCUUUAUUGAGACAUUGCGUAGAAUGGGAAAAAAAAAUCAUAGAAGUCUAUAUUUAUAUAUAUGUGUGUAUGUGUGUGUAUAUAUAUAUGUAUAUACAUAUAUAUAUAAAUAUAACAUUUGAAGGCCUUUUGUAAGGUUGAUUAUUUUGCAGGAUUAUGAGACAAAAUUCAUUUUUGGAGGAAGAAGACAGAGUGUCCUCUCUAAACAAGAAACUAUAAGAUAGAUGGUUUGGUGGACCAGAGUACAGUGACAAAAAAACCCCAACAACAAACCACGAGUCAAACCAUGUUGAAGGUAUUUCCCAUCAAUAUAUUACAUUUCAAAAACCAUCUAAAAUCACUGUGACUUGUUAUGGCAUUUUAAGGAAAUUCUCUGUCCUGUCUAAUAAAAGGAAAAAGAAUAUACAACCAGACUUGAUUUGUUGCCAUUUUAUAAAUGACUUGAUUUUUAUAGCUAUGUCAAAAAAAUACUGUUUUUUAUUUUAAUGAUUGACAAUACUUUGUUUGGAUGUUUUUAGGGGAAUUUGUAUUUUGUCUGGCUUGGUUUGCUGAUGCAAUAAUUGGUUUUGCAGAUCUCUGUGCAUGGCAUGGCCCCGGUCAGGGUCCCUCCUGCCAGUCCAAGGUUUCUCGGGUUUGUUGUUUGGCAGAGGCACAGACUUUGUGCUGGCAUCUUGCAGGGUGUUUCUGUGGCCUGGUGAAUCGAACCUGGGACGAGAAGACCAAGAGAAAUGAGGUAGAUUUGCUGCAGGGGUUAAUGUUUGUUAGUUUGUUCUGUCCUGACCACACUUUGGUGUGGGAGCCAGUGGGUUUGGAAAGGCAUAAAAGGGGGUGUGGUUCCCUUCCAGAGCGCAGGCAGUUCAAGCAGCUUUGUUCCCUCUGCCAGGGAAGCAGUCUCUCCUUCUGCAGGAUAAGGGCUUGCGGCAGGAGACCGGUGGGAGAGCUCGUGUCUGACAGUGAGACGUGCACCAAAGAACCCUCAUCCCUCAGGACCCUCCCGUGCUCCCUUCCUGCUGGUUGGGGCAGACCUGUCUGAGGUCAGUGGCAAAUCCCAGAGAGCCAGGAGAGGAGGAAUGCUGUUGUGCUGCUCGCUGAAUGUUCUGGUCCUUGCACUGUGUGUGUAGUUACUGCUGUGAAUGAUCUCCAUUCUGUCUUCCUCUCUUUUUAAAACAAGUAUUCCACGGUCCUCACUGCAGGCAAAAUGCUGCUGCAGCCAGCAGCCGUUCUCCCAGGGCAGGGUGGGAGGAUGGUCCCAUGUCUGCCCAGGAGCUUUGGGAGAGGAGCAGGGGGUGGCUGAGCACCAGACUGAGCUGCCUGGCUGCGUCCAGUGUGGGGCCGAGGCCUGCAGGAAAACAGCAUCCACACUCUGCCCAAAAGCCCUGCUGACUCUGGCAGGACUUGAGCCUGUUGAGGACUGGUUUGAACAGUGCCGGGGGUGUAACUGGGAACGUCUGCCUGUUCCAUACUGUCCCCAGUUAAAACUGGUCUGGAGGUAGGAGAAGGGACUGAGAGGUCAGGGGUGAUUGUGCCUUCUGAGCAGGUGUCACUGGGAACUGUGUGAAGUCUGUUUAUAAAGCCCCAGUUACCACUUAAUUUUUCUUUCAUGCAUCCUUAGAGUUUGGGAAGCUCUUGGCUGUGCUGCCAGCACAGCUCCUGCAGAGUGGACAAACCUUGAAGGAUUUCUUUUCCUAAAGCCCCUUUAAGCAGAUUUUCCUUCUCAUUCCAGUGCACCGUUAACACUGGGGGAUUCCCAGAACUGCCAGAAUUUAGUUGUCUUUUGUCCCUGCAGGUGCUUUCCCAAGGAGGCCAUUGUGUGCCAGUAUUUGAGAGACAGGGUUGGGUAUCAGAUUAGUUUCUCCUCCAUGCUGAGUAUGUGCAGCAGGGUCACCUCCCUUCUCAGGAGGGAGUGUGGCUUUGCCUUCUGCAGCAGCAUCAGGAUGGGGAGGACUUGUGUUUCUGCCUUUCUUUACUGUUCCAACUCACAAAAUAAUUCUCCUCACUAAAGGAGAAGGAGGCAGGUUGAGAAUGGGCUCAGUGAGGGAGCGUUGGCCGAGCCCCAGAGAGGAGCUUUCUGCUGGGUUAUUGACUGGCCUGUGCUCUGUGGACAGGGCUGCUGCUGACCUCAUCUUCUGCUCCCUUGUGAUUCAGAGCAAAGAGUGACCCUGCCUUGCCCAGUCCUGUAUCUUGGCCAGUUUUUCUUUCCCCUUGGAGCUGUGCCAUGCUGUCUGUCUGAUCCCCUUUGUGGGUGUUGGCCUCCCCAUUAGGAACAUCCCCCUGGAACAGGCCAGGAGCUGCUCCACAUGUCGUGUGUACCCCUGUUCUCAUCUGCCUUUUUCAGGCCUACCAGAAACAUCUCUUUGGGAUUGUUCUUUUUGUUUUUUAAAGUCAGCGAACUUCUUUCUAUUCUGUGGGAAGAGGAGCAGCCAUAGCCCUUCCUUUUCCACCUCUGUUUUUUCUGCUCAGAAACUUUGGAUUUACACUGAUGCUCUUAGAAAUCCCGUUCAGUACUGUAUGACAAGGGGCACUUUAGGAAUGUCUCUCCUCCUUUGAUAUAUGUUUUCCCUAUGGAGAAAGCUAUAUAUAAAUAUAUAUGUACACUUGGGGAUUCAUAAGAUCUAAUUUGUCCCCCCCAAAAAUAAAUAAAUAUGAAGUUUACAAGAAAUCUCUUCUGUUGUUGAGUAAUAUUAGUUAUUGGUAACCAUGCCACAGAAACAAUAGAAAAUGGGGUUCCUACGUAGCAGUUUGAGAGGAUUCUGUGUCCUGUCACACCUGGCUCAGAGCCUGUUGGUCAGUGGAGAUGAUUCUGCCGAGGGUGGGUGCCCCUGCAGCCCACACUCUCCGUGUCCUCUGCCACAGCCAGAUCGUGCUCAGGAGCUGCCCCUGUGCUCAGAGCUCAGCCAGCCCGGCCGGGGGUGUUUGAGCUGGGCAGAGGUGCAGGCACAGACCCGGGGGUGGGGAAACGCCGGGCUGGGCUGAGCCUGCCCACCGGCGCUGCCAAAGCCACUCCCAGCUCCCCUGCCAGGGAGGUGCAGGCGGAGGGCAAAGAACCCAAACUGCUACUUUAAAACGAUCCUGAAGAAGAGCUCCUAACGCUGACACUUUAGAUACAGGAAUGUAUUCCUGACCUCACCAGUAGAAAUUAGCCAGCUCUGUUGUAGUUUGUCUUAGGAAGGGAAGUGAUCCAGUUUCCCAUGUUCUCUGCAGUUGCUUGCGUGGGAUGCGAGAGGCAGCGGCUCGUGUGUCCGUGGGGCACAGUGGGGGCAGCUGGUGACCCACAUUUCACAGGGGGAAAUAAGGGCUGGAGCCAAACUGCUGCCGUCGGGGUUUUUCUGCACUUGUGUGUGUGUGUGUCCAUCUGUCUGUGCAUGCUGGGCCUGAGUGUUGGGUGUCGAAGGCCCGAGGGGCUCCAGUGUCACCACUAGGCCCUGGCCACUGGCACAGCUGGGUUUUGGUUUCUUGAGCAGAGCUGGACAGGGGGGAUGGCCCUUUGCAGAGGCCUCUGCUCUCCAGGCGCCCACGGCGUGUCUGGAG